AUGACGUUGGAAAAAGUGGAGUACAGAGAUGGUCCCUAUCGACCCUACAAGCUAAUCAAAAGACGCUUUUGUGCCCCACUAACCAGAACCGACUGGGCCAUUCUCCUCUUUCUCACAUCAUGUUCCUUGCUCCGCAUAUACAAACUAUACCAACCAGAUAAAGUCAUCUUUGACGAAUUGCACACUUGGAGACAGAUUCAGCAUUACCGCGAGGGCAAGUUUUUUUUGGACGUGCAUCCGCCGUUGGCGAAGCUCAUUUACUACUUUUUCGACCAUCUUGCGGGUUCCUCGCUGUCGACUUUUCAACGGAUUGGCCAAUCGUACGUGGCGCAACUCUACGUUGCCAUGCGGCUAUUUGCUGGGGUUUGCGCGGUGAUGAGCGUCGACUUGGUUUACUUGCUCAUGAGAUUGGACUCGGGGUACAUGACUAGUGUGUUCACGUCGUUGCUUUUGUGCUUGGACAAUUCCCACGUUGUUCAAUCGCGGUUGAUCUUGGCUGAUGCGCCGUUGCUCGUGUCUCAAAUUGCCGCUAUUUAUUUUUUGAAACUGGCGAUGAAGCGGGAAUUUUUUACCAAGUCCUGGUGGUUGAGUCUAUUUGCUACAGGGGUGUCCUUGGGGUUCACGAUGAGCUUGAAAUUGAACGGUUGGUUUACGUUUGUGUGGGUUGGGGUGGUCACGUGCUGGGAGUUGUACGAUAUACUUGGCGACUUGACGAUUCCAAUUUUGCAGUGGCUAAAGCACGUCUUGUGGAGAUUUGCUGCCGUGGUGGUUGUUCCAUUGACAAUCUACUGCAGCGUAUGGUACCUCCAUUUCGAGCUUCUUCCCUACGAGAGCAGCCAUAGUGGGUACAUCUCACCCCAUUUCAGAUCGACGUUCCGCGAUUACGAGCCGGAUCCCGUGGAAGUCUUAUAUGGCAGCACCAUUACUCUCAAGCACAACAAUUUGGAGAAAUACUUGCACUCGCAUAAUGCACAUUACCCGGAAGGCUCAAAUUUGCAGCAGGUGACACUCUAUGAUUUCGCCAAUGAUGUAAACAACGAAUGGGUAGUUGAGACACCCCACAAAUACUACGAGCAAAAUAUUAUGCACAAGGUCAAGCCGGUUAAAGACGGAGACACGAUCCGGCUAUACCAUAAGCGCACCGGCCAUUACUUACACGUCAACGAUAUACGACCACCCGUGAGUGACAGAUACGACUAUGCCAACGAGGUCAACUGUAAUGAGACGCGCGGGUUGUUGGGUAACACCGAGUACGAAUUCAAAGUCCGCAUCGUGGGCAAAAAGAAACACGCCGUGAACGAUUUGCCCUUGAUCAAAUUGCGCGCGACGGAAACGGUGAUGCAAUUGGUGCACAGGAACCAGAAAUGCAUCUUGGUUGGCCAUGAAGCAAGAUUGCCCCUUUGGGGGAACGAGCAAAACGAAGUCUUGUGCGUUGAAGAGCCCACGAUUCCCAACUCGUUGUGGUAUGUGGAAGCUAACCUGCAUCCGAUAUUGGAGCAGAUGGGCGACGCGAUCCCCAAGGUCAAGUUUGAUGCCGCCCCAUUCAGAUUCUGGCACAAGAUGUGGGAGAUCCACCAGGCCAUGAUCCGGUUGAACGCGGGGUUCACCACCAUAAACGAAGCUAGUUCGCUGGCUUUAUCGUGGCCGCUUCUGCUCUCGGGGACCCCCUAUUUUGAAAGUGAAGCGACGUUGGAGAACGACGCGGCUCAGAUUUAUUACUUGGGCAAUGUGGCUGUCUACUGGACCACUUUUGCCGCGUUGCUCAUUUCCAUGGUUAAGUUGUUUUUGCAUUUAAUCAGGAAUAUGAAUCCGCUUGUGUUGUACGUUGACACGUUGGCCAAGCUGCAGUUUUACGACAACUCGAGCGUUUACUUGCUUGGCUGGCUUUUGCACUUCAUCCCCUAUGUCUACAUGGAGCGCAAUCUCUACUUGCAUCAUUAUUUACCGGCUUUGGUCUUUGCAAUUUUGAAUUUGGGAGAGUAUGUCCAGUACCAGAACAAUAAAUACAUCAGAGCAGGAUUGGUGUGUGCAAUUACUGGUGCCGUGGCAUACUGUUUUAUGCUGUUUAUUCCGUUGGUUUACGGAUCAGGCUGGACCGUGUCUGAAUGUGAGGCGCACAGGUGGUUUCCUGGCUGGAACUUUAACUGUGAAAUCUACACUGGACAAUGA